AUGAUUUUUGGUAAACUAUUGAGCUGCAUAUUCUUCCUUUUUGCAUCGGUUUAUGGCUUGGCCGACCAAGGUGAUGGUGCCGGUGCUAAAACCAGUGAGCAAACCAUCGUGUGGAUCACAACCACAGUGAAGGGUGAACUUACUACUAUGUCCACAUUAUUCAGUCAAUCCUUCCUGAGUAUAAAUACCGACGCAGCCGGUCAAAGUAUUGCCAGUGGAGAAAUAGGAAUGGGCACCAUCAGCGGUUCAGUUGGUGGGCACAGAUCUUACGACCACACCACCAUUUCUCAAGGCAAUGCUGGAGCUGGCAGCAGUGGCAAUAAUGUCUACGCUGGAGUUGCUGGUGCAGUAUACGUGCUAUUGGGAUUGAUCUAA